GAGAACAUGUGCAGCCUUGCUCGAGUAUCACAGCACGCGAGGCUCCACACCUGGGCACAUCCACGUCUCUCUCUCGUCCACACCGUCACCAACACUCCAUUCGUCUAUAUUAUAUAAGAGCGGCCAGGUGGAACAUGCCCUUACAAGGAAGCAUGAGACGUUGUCUGUUACUUCAAUUUCGCCGCCAAAUGUCAAUACGCUUCUUCCUCCUAGCUCUGGGCCUCUGCCUCUGCAGCAUCUUCGUCAGUCUGGAUGUUUGGAACCCCUGGAACACAGCGAUGGUGGGACCCCGGCCACAGUCUUCCUUGCACUCACUGAGUCCUCUUUCUGAACUUUAUGGUCCUAAGUCUCGCACAAGCGAACUGUCCUUGAAGGUGAUCGUCGACCAGACUGUGAAGGAUGAAAGAAAAUUUCUGGCCUCACUGCCUAACCUGCCUCUUAUAUACCGAAAAGCAAACAACCCUCUGUUAGGCUCCAGCAACAAUACUUGUGCUUCAUACCCAUCAGUGUUAGAUAUUCACUAUAACAACAUUUACUGGCAGGUCCUCCAACUCAGUAAUAAUACGCUUUACCUGUACAGCGCCUUUUAUGACAAUCGUACUUUAAGUAAAAGCAAGCCUAGCAUUCGCAUUCUUGGCAUGGCUAAUUCCCUUCAACCAACUACGGAAACUAACUGCCAGAUCUGGUAUGAUGGCCAAAGUUUUCCCGUUAUUUCGAAGGUCAGAGUCCAUAAACGUAUAUGGCGUGAUGAGUGGGAAAUUGAAGAAGAAAUAUUAUAUCCAUAUAUGAUUGAGUGCAUAAUUCCUGAUAAACACAGUCGCUUGGAGCCACAAUCUGUGUCGCUGGUUGAACAACCUUGUGAUAAGCCCACCAAUAACCUUCGCAUCAUCAACAACCAGCCAGCAGAUGGUCGGAAAAAGUCUUUUGCCGUGUGCGUCAAGGGAUUAGAAUUUUACAACUUGGACAACAGCGUGAGGUUGGUGGAGUGGUUAGAACUGCUCUUUCUUCUAGGAGCUGACGAAGUAUUUUUCUAUGAUAUGGGUAUACAUCCAAAUGUUUCCAAAGUUUUAAAUUAUUAUGAGUCCUUAGGACGAGUGGAUAUUAGAAAAAUAUCAUUGCCAGGUGAACAACCAAAUGUGUUUGGUUUAUUACAUCUAUACCUAAAAAAUAAAGUAAAUCACAAACGUCUACAUGAACUAAUACCAUACAAUGACUGUUUAAACAGAAAUAUGUACCGUUAUAAGUUUGUACUUCUGAUGGACAUAGAUGAAGUCAUUGUAGCAAAGUCCGCUGUAGACUGGACGUCACUUCUGGAGGAAGUGUCGCCAGGGGCGGUCAACCAAUAUAACAAUAAAUGGACAUCUUUCUGUGCUAGCAAUGUAUACUUCCUCGACACAAUGCAACCUACACACAGCCAGAACCACAGCAUACCACCUUACCUACACAUAUUGCAGCACAUCUAUCGUAGUGCCAAUUACACCAAGCCUGGUUGGUAUGUGAAGUGCUUUCAUGAUACCGAGCGAGUGCUCACUCUACACAAUCAUUAUGCCAUAUCAUGCCUAGACAAGUGUGAAGUGAAGAACUUACCCACUGAGCUUGCUCAGCUCCAGCACUAUCGCCAAGACUGCGUUAGACAGAUGCCAAAAAAACAUUGCAUCUACUUCAAAAAUCACACGGUUGUUGACACUAGAGUCUGGAGGUACAAGGAUUCACUGAUCAACAAUGCGCUCCGCACUUUACGCCAUCUUGGUUUCUUGGAAGAAGUAAUCCCAGAGAAAAGUAAAUUAUUGUAA